GGUGUGGUGAGCAGGGUGCUGCUGAGCGGCUGCAGGGGAUGUGAUAGUAGGAGGCUGAGCUGUACCUUGGCUUCUGGCUCCCUGAUUACUGUCUGGCUGCUGCCUGAGGAUGAGAUAGGGACUGCCUGCCUCCUCCUCCUCAGUCUCAGUAGCAGUUCAUACACAGACAAGUAGAGUCUAUCAAAAUAGCAGCUGAUAGUAGGGAUGGAAAACUCAAGUGCAGCCCCAUUGGAUGCGAUAACAGCUUCUACUUAUGGGGGCCUGGAAGAUAAUUUCACUCAAGGUUCUCUGGAGAGCGAUGAUAAAGUUAGUGUUUGGGACCAAUGGAAUAAUUUCAGCACCAUAGCUGCGUUAUUGCAAGAAGCCAUGCGGAGUUCUUCAGAGCUGCCCCUGUCUACAUCGGUUCCUUUCUGGGACAGCCCAUUGAACCAUGGGCUCAGCGUGUUUGUUGGUGUGGCCCUGUGUGUGACUAUGCUGGGACUGGGCUGUACAGUGGAAAUCAGUCAAAUAGGGGAUCAUGUGAGAAGACCCAUUGGGGUACUCAUUGCCUUGAUUAGCCAGUUUGUUCUCAUGCCCUUGGUGGCAUUCCUCUUGGCUCUCAUCUUCUCCCUCGAUGAAGUCGCUGCCAUCGCAGUCCUGCUCUGUGGAUGCUGCCCUGGAGGAAACCUCUCUAACAUCAUGUCCUUACUGGUGAAUGGAGAUAUGAACCUCAGUAUCAUCAUGACCACAUCGUCUACCCUGUUAGCCCUUCUGCUGAUGCCCCUCUGCCUGUGGUUUUACAGUCGCCCAUGGAUCAAUACCACUCUGGUGCAGUUUUUGCCCCUGGGUGCAGUGGCCCUCAUGCUCUGCAGUACCCUCCUGCCUAUUGGUCUGGGUGUCAUCAUACGUUACCGCUACAGCAGGAUCGCAGAUAUUCUGCUAAAGGUUUCUCUCUGGUCUCUGCUAGUGACCUUGGUUAUCCUCUUCAUUCUCACGGGAGCAAUGCUUGGACCUCAGCUGCUGGCUACAAUCCCGCCCGCGGUGUAUAUCGUUGCCCUAAUAAUGCCAUUAAUAGGCUAUGGAUUAGGAUAUGGCCUGGCUACAUUAUUUGGUCUGUCCCCAAAGGGCAGGAGAACAGUGUCUUUGGAGACAGGAUGCCAGAAUGUCCAGCUCUGUACAGCUCUGCUGAAGUUGGCCUUCCCCCCUCACCUCAUUGGCAGCAUGUACAUGUUCCCAUUGCUCUACGCCUUAUUCCAGGCCUCAGAAGCCGGAAUCUAUGUCUUAGUCUACAAACUGUACAGGAGAGAUGUUUUACAUAAGACAGAAUCUCUGGAUGAGGAUACUAACAUUUCCUUCAAAAAGCUUAAGGAAGAAGAACCCCCUGAAAUGUCUUAUGGGGCAGUAGAAUCAGGAGAACCGAGUUCUGUUAAUACUGAGCUGGGGCAGAGCCCCCACUAGUUUCUACAUACGUUGAUGAGUGACACUUGUUUACGCCACAGUGUUGGAAUAUCCAGCCUGCUGCCCACCAGAUAGGUGUAGGGGGCUGCUGGGAAUUGUAGCUUUGGUGGGCUGUAGGUUGAUUAUCCCUGCAAUUGUGUAUUAAUUAAUAUAUGUGAACUGUGCCAAAUAUCUAUAUCAAUUUGUUUGGAAGGAACUGGAGAGACUGACACAGUGGAAACCGAACAUUAUGAAUUUUGUUUAUGUGAAUGAAUUGCAUCUAAACUGAUUAUGUUUGUGAGAGCGAGGCCGUUGAGGGAGAUGAAAAUGUACUGCAAAGUAUAUCAUUUAUUUAUAUAUAUAUAGCACCAACAUAUCAUCCAUGGAUUUCAUCAUUCAUAUUAGUCCCAGCACCAGUGGAGCUUACAAUCUAACUUUCCUAUUACACACACACACACACUAGGGUCGGUUUUAUCAGGAGCCAAUGAACCUGUCUGUUUGUUUUUGGAGAGUGGGAAUAAACUGGAUCAUCUGGAGAAAGCCCACAAAGACCCAGGGUAGAAGACACACAGACUCUGCCCAGCUUAUACUUCGGUUCCCUCUCCUAACCCCAAACCUGCAGGACAUUUGCUGUUAUGAAAGGAGACUAUCAUGAAUUUCCUUUAUAUUUACACAUACAUGUGGUCUUAUAUUUUUGUAUUCUGCUCUUCCUAAUUGCUAUAACUGUUUGAACCCUGCCCUCCUCCCUAAUCUGCUUUGGUGUCAUUUAAAUCCCUGUUGCAUUGCCCUCUAAAUAUCUGCAGAUACAAAUUGACUCAUGGGAUACUUUCAUGGGCCAACAAUUGCACUAUAAGGUGGUUAUAGGGACUUUAUCUGAGGUUUCUUGAACAGAACUGGAGUUGGCCAAAGGGAGGCUAUAAUGGAAACUCCAUGCAAGAACAUAGAACUGGUUGCACAAGCAGCAAAAGGUUCCUGCUGGUUGUGCUACAGUAUAUGCAUCUUCCCACACAAUGGUUAAUGCCUCUUGAAGCUGCUGGGGGACAGGGGGAAACAUUAUUAUUAUUAUUAGCGCCAACAUAUUCCGCAUCGCUCUACAAUAAGUGGGUUUCAUACA